AUGGAAAGGGAGGAACCAGCGCUUGAUGCAAUGCAUCAAGUGGACACAACAUUUCCGCAGGGAGCCAACGUUGACCUGGAAGCAGACGAGAAUAUCGACGACGCUGAGAUGCAGAGCCUUGCGGGAAGUGACGUCGACUCUGCGCUGGGAGAGUCCGAGGCAUGGCCAUCAUCUACUGCGUCACUUCGGUCAAGCAUAGUACGGGCACGUGAGGAGAAUGGCCGCAUAUACCACGGAUACAAGGAUGGGAAGUACGUCUUGCCUACGGACCAGGAAGAGCUCGACCGACAAGGAGAGGAACACCCUGAAUCCGAGGUUGUGGGCGUAGAUCUGUCACCUGUCCAGCCCGGCUUCACUCCACCCAACGUCCAUUACGAGAUUGACGAUCUCGAGGAGGAAUGGAGCUUUUCAAGAAAGUUUGACUAUGUCCACAGCAUGAUGAUGACCGGUGCUUUUAGGGAUUGGCACAACUUUCAUCAGCAAGCAUUCGAGUCUGUCAUCUUCGACCCCAACCUCAAUACCGGAGGAUGGCUUGAGAUCCAGGAUAUCGACUUUCCGAUGAGGUGUGAUGACGGAACCAUACCGCCAGACUGCGACCUCGGCAGGUGGAAUGAGCUGAUGAUGGAAGCCGGUAGAAGAUCCGGUUUUCUGCUGGAUACCUGCGGCAAGGCAGCGGAAAUGAUGACUAGCGUUGGCUUUGUCGAUAUCGUCCGCAUCCAGUUCAAGUGGCCAAUCAACCAAUGGCCGCGGGACGUGAAGCACAAGACACUUGGGGUCUGGACGGAGGCCAACUUCAGUGUUGGACUCGAGUCUAUGACGCUGGCUCUUUUCACCCGCUUCAUGGGCUGGAGAAAAGAGGAAGUCUGGGACUUUAGUGCUAGGGUUAUCGCGGAGUGGCGGGACGUUGAGAGACAUGGAUAUUUCGAUGUGUACGUUACUUAUGGGAGGAAACCAUGA